AGUUGGGAGUUCUCGGCGCGCCGCGGGCGGCGGGAGCUCGGGCUCCCGGGCGAGCCGGGGACGCGGCGGAGGCGCGGGCCUGGGUCCGAGACAGCGGGGGCCGCACCGAGAGUGGGAGGGAGAGAGAGACAGAGAAGGACAGACGGAGACCGGGAGGAGGACAGAUAGAGACGCGCAGAGGAGAGAGCCAGGGCAGAGGCGGAGGGAGGCAGGGGAGACACUGGGAGGGCGGCAGGCAGAAGACAAGAGACCCCGCAGGGAGAGACGGAGAGACCCGCACGGGGACAGAGGAGACAGGCAGAGGGACAGGGGGACGGAGACCCGGGGGUGGAGGGCAGCCGGGGUGGGAGGCUGCGGAUCGCGGUCCGGCCGGCCGCGGGGUUCUCGGGGCCGGGGCCGGAGGCGAGCGCCGCGGGGCAGGGAGCGGAGCGCAGGGCGCGGGGACAGCGCGGAGUGACAGCGCGAGAACAGCGGGGGGCGGCGGAGGGCGGGCGGCUGCAGCGGGGGCGGGGGGCGCGAGCGCGUGCGGUCGAGAGCCAUGGGCCCCCGGACCCCCGCGCUCUGAGCCGGGGCCCGGCCCGACGAUGCUGACGCCCAGGCGGCGCCGGGGGCGCGGCGCGGGGCAGCGCUGAAAGUUGGGCGGCCCGCGGGGAGCGGCGCGGGACGGCCCCGAGGCGCGGAGACCCGGAGACGGACGGACAGACCCAUCGGCAGCCGGGGAGGGUGGGCGGCGCCGGCCCGCCGAGUUCGCGGGGAGGGGGCCCCGGGAGUCCCCUCUCCCCGCCCGGGACGCCGCCCGCCCGACCGCGCCGUGGGAUGUAGAGCCCGCUCGCCGCCUCCUGGAUCUUCGUCGGACCCUCUGCCCCGCGCAAGUAACUCUACCUCCUUAUGCUUCCGUCUCCUCACCUGUCAAAUGGGGACGAGAGAACCCUCAAAGGCACGAGAUGGGGAAGAGAUAGUGGACGUGAAGGCCCUGCGUCUUCCCAGGUGAUCACGCCGGCUUCAGGACAUGCACGGGCACAGCCGCAACGGGCAGGCCCACGUGCCCCGGCGGAAACGCCGCAACCGCUUCGUCAAGAAGAACGGCCAAUGCAACGUCUACUUCGCCAACCUGAGCAACAAGUCGCAGCGCUACAUGGCGGACAUCUUCACCACCUGCGUGGACACGCGCUGGCGCUACAUGCUCAUGAUCUUCUCCGCGGCCUUCCUCGUCUCCUGGCUCUUCUUCGGCCUCCUCUUCUGGUGUAUCGCCUUCUUCCACGGCGACCUGGAGGCUGGCCCGGCGGCAGCGGCGGCCGCGGCGGCGGCCACGGCGACGGCGGCGGCGGGAGGGGGUGCCCCGGUGGCCCCGACGGCCCCCAAGCCCUGCAUCAUGCACGUGAACGGCUUCCUGGGCGCCUUCCUGUUCUCGGUGGAGACGCAGACGACCAUCGGCUACGGGUUCCGCUGCGUGACGGAGGAGUGCCCGCUGGCGGUCAUCGCCGUGGUGGUGCAGUCCAUCGUGGGCUGCGUCAUCGACUCCUUCAUGAUUGGCACCAUCAUGGCCAAGAUGGCUCGGCCCAAGAAGCGGGCGCAGACGCUGCUGUUCAGCCACCACGCGGUCAUCUCGGUGCGCGAUGGCAAGCUCUGCCUCAUGUGGCGCGUGGGCAACCUGCGUAAGAGCCACAUCGUGGAGGCGCACGUGCGGGCCCAGCUCAUCAAGCCCUACAUGACCCAGGAGGGCGAGUACCUGCCUCUGGACCAGCGGGACCUCAACGUGGGCUACGACAUCGGCCUGGACCGCAUCUUCCUGGUGUCGCCCAUCAUCAUCGUCCACGAGAUCGACGAGGACAGCCCGCUCUACGGCAUGGGCAAGGAGGAGCUGGAGUCGGAGGACUUUGAGAUCGUGGUCAUCCUCGAGGGCAUGGUGGAGGCCACCGCCAUGACCACCCAGGCCCGCAGCUCCUACCUGGCCAGCGAGAUCCUGUGGGGCCACCGCUUCGAGCCCGUGGUCUUCGAGGAGAAGAGCCACUACAAGGUGGACUACUCGCGCUUCCACAAGACCUACGAGGUGGCCGGCACGCCCUGCUGCUCGGCCCGGGAGCUGCAGGAGAGCAAGAUCACCGUGCUGCCCGCCCCGCCGCCCCCGCCCAGUGCCUUCUGCUACGAGAACGAGCUGGCCCUCAUGAGCCAGGAGGAAGAGGAGAUGGAGGAGGAGGCGGCGGCCGCUGCUGCCGUGGCCGCGGGCCUGGGCCUGGAGGCGGGCUCCAAGGAGGAGGCGGGCAUCAUCCGAAUGCUGGAGUUCGGCAGCCACCUGGAUCUGGAGCGCAUCCAAGCCACCCUCCCGCUGGACAACAUCUCCUACCGCAGGGAGUCUGCUAUCUGACCUCCGGGCCCCGCCCUCAUCACUUCCCACAAGAGCCUCUGCCGGGGGUGGGAUGCCAGGACACCCCCUCCACACUCAGGACAGAGCUGACCCUGGCUCCGCAGGCCUGUGGCAGGGAGCUGGGGGCUUCAGAGACUGGGGAACCCCUUCUCAGUGACUCCAGAGCCCAGGCCUGGGAAGGGCCCAGGAUACCCCCUGACCUGUCAGCCUACCCACUGGCCUCUCGGGGACCCCAGACCCACCACCUUUUUCCCACUGACACUUCAAGGACGUGCCCCCUUUACUCUCAGAACCUUGGGGAAGGCGGCUGGACUGCUGGGGGGGGUGGGCAUCGUGGGGUUCUGGGGUGGGCAGGGGUUAGUGUGGGGGGAGGGAGGGUGGGGGGCGUUUCUUUUGCAUGACUGUGACCUGUUGCUCUCGACUUUCUUUUGUAAAUAUCUAUAAAUGGAGAGAUGGAGGCACCAAAUCUGCCUUCUGCCUUCGUACCUGCAGGACAAGGAGGUGCAGUCCCUCUCUGUGAACCGCCCCCACUCCCGGGCCCAGCGAGCCUAGCCCCUUCCCCCUGCCCAGCAGGCUGGUCCCCAAAGCCAGCCAUCUUGGCCCCUGGAUGUUGGGUUUGGGUGCAGAGGCGGGUCCCCGAGGGGCAGGAUGAGGACCAUCCCUCCCUGUGGUCCCUCCAGAUCCCCGGGGUCCAGCCCAGAUUGACAAUGGAGUUUGUAACUAUAUAUUUUUAAUAAAGUAUAUGGU